UGCGCAUGCGUCAAUACGCACUCACUUCCUCCCCGGCUUCUGAAUGUGGUUUGGUCCGAUGAUCCGAUCCAUUCAUUUCCUGAAACAGACACAGUUAGUGAACAGAACUUUGAACAAUCAUCUGCACCUCAUUCCAGAGGUGUUUCUGCCCUCCUGCGUCCGCAUGGCUCAUGUCUUCGUCUACGGCACCCUGAAGAAGGGGCAGCCCAACUACUUUCGUAUGUUUCACAGCCCCAACGGAAAGGCAGAGUUCCUCGCUUCAGCCUGCACCACUGAGAAAUACCCACUGGUGAUCGCCAGCGAGUACAAUAUCCCCUUCCUCCUCAACAUCCCCGGCCAGGGUCACCGAGUCCAAGGUGAGAUCUACAAAGUGGACGACCAGAUGCUGAAAUUCCUGGAUGCUUUUGAAGGCAUCCCCACCAUGUACCAGCGGACUCUGGUAAAACUGGAGGUGAAGGAAUGGAAGGGACAGACAGAGGGUGAGGAGACGCCGUCACCUGGAAGCAUCACGGAGGCGUUCGUGUACAGCACAACAACGUACAAGCCGGACUGGCCCUCUCUGCCCAGCUACGAGAGCUACGACUCGUAUGGGGAUCACGGGCUCAAGUACGUCACCAGAGAAGCUCGAGACUGAUGUAUCUCGCUGGAUAUGAAGAUCCUGAGUAGAUAGCGUCCACACGGCUUACCUGCAUCCCCAUAAAAAUCAGCUUCCUUUCUACCUCUCUACUAAUCCAUUUAUCAUCAGUGGAGCAGGUGCAGACUCUCUCUCACAUUUGAAGAAAAUCAUACUUGAAUGCACUCCUGCUUCUAGGAUCUUAGGAAUGGCAUAUUAUAUGUAGUCAUUCACCUUUAUGUGCUGAAAUUUACUGAAAGUACUGAGGCAGUGAAUCAUUAGAGGUAAGACGUAUCAGAAUAAUGUAUUUUACCUCCUGAAGUCAGCCAUAAAACAUAAAAGUAGAAGGAAAUAUUGCACUUCAUAGUAUUAUUUUAAUGGAGGAAUUUAAAGACGGGAAAGGCUUCCUACAUUUUGACACUAACGGUACAAUCAACAGCCAUUUUUGAGUCCUAUUUCUUUUACUUACCCCAUAACAUUACUGUAGGUUAAUUUCUAUGAUGUUAAUAUGUAAUUCAUUGUAGGUUUUUAACUGAUUUGUCUCAUUUAAAGUCCCUGAAAAGGGACAAUCACAGGGAAAUGUAAUGGGCAUUGAUCGUGCUUCUGUUUUUAUCGUGUUUUACCAUCCAGUUUCUCACUAGCAUUCAAAUAUUUUUCCGUUUUAAGACAUUCCAGGAGUGGCAAAUGAUGUGGUAGAUGUGGAAGGAAGCUCCACACAUUUAAAACAUGUCUCAUUUGACUUGAAUUUGCUUCAGUAACUGGAUCAGCUGAAUCAUUCACAUCCUCUUUGGCACAUGACUUGUCAGUAGCCAACGCUGAUUCACAGCAGGCAUGAAUAUCAUUAUACUGGACCUGCAGGCUUUUUGUAACUGGGUGUUCCUGUGAAAGAAAAUAAAGGCUUGAUGAGGUUUUCCCUGCAGA